UAAUGGGUUUCACGGAAUCAUCACUGCUUCUCUCUUCGGGUACGAAGGAGGUACCGGAAGAUAAGUGGCAAUUGGCGUACAUAAUCUACUUCACCCUUGGCCUCGGUUACCUUCUUCCCUGGAAUGCUUUCAUCACAGCCGUUGAUUACUUCUCUUACCUUUACCCUGAUGCCAGCGUGGACCGCAUCUUCGCCGUCGUUUACAUGGUCGUCGGUCUCGUUGGCCUCUUCAUCAUCAUCCUCUAUAGCCACAAAUCCGAUGCCUAUGUUCGGAUCAACAUUGGUUUGGCCUUGUUUGUCGUGUCCCUCCUCGUUGUUCCGCUCCUCGAUGCCCUUUACAUUAAGGGUCGGGUCGGGUUGUAUGACGGGUUCUACGUCACCGCCGGGGCGGUUGGGCUUGCCGGUGUGGCUGAUGCUUUGGUGCAGGGAUCAAUUGUUGGCUCCGCCGGUGAGUUGCCGGAGAGGUACAUGCAAGCUGUCAUCGCCGGCACUGCUGCUUCUGGGGUACUUGUUUCUGUCCUGAGGAUAUUCACAAAAGCUGUUUACUCACAAGAUGCCUCUGGCCUGCGGAAGAGUGCAAAUCUCUACUUUGCUGUGUCAAUUGUAAUUGUGUUCAUAUGCAUGGUUUUGUACAAUAUAGUGCACAGGCUUCCUAUUAUGAAGUACUAUAAUGAACUUAAGGUUCAGGCUGUCACUGCGGAUGAAGACAAUGGUCCCAUGACUGGAUCUGUCUGGAGGUCAACUGUAUGGGAUAUUGUGGGGAGAAUCAAGUGGUAUGGGUUUGGCAUUGUGCUCAUUUAUGUCGUGACUCUGGCAAUAUUUCCCGGUUACAUUACAGAGGAUGUGCACUCUCAACUUCUUAAGGAUUGGUAUCCAAUACUACUUAUCACUGGCUAUAAUGUGUUUGAUCUUGUUGGUAAGUCUCUGACCGCAGUGUAUCUCCUAGAGAAUGCGAAAAUUGCUGUAGGUAGUUGCAUAGCAAGAUUGUUGUUUUUCCCUCUCUUCUUAGGGUGCUUGCACGGUCCCAAAUUCUUCCGGACAGAGAUUCCCGUGACAAUACUGACUUGCCUGUUAGGGCUUACUAAUGGUUACCUAACCAGUGUAUUGAUGAUUUUGGCUCCUAAAAUUGUAAAGUUUCAGCAUGCAGAGACUGCAGCUAUUGUGAGUGUAUUAUUCUUAGUUUUUGGUCUGGCUUCUGGGUCUAUUAUAGCUUGGUUUUGGGUCGUCUGACCAAGCAAUUUGUAUUUAUUUAGGGACUCCAAAACUCAGAUGUAUUAUGCUUCCACUCAAGCAAAACUGGGAUGAUUUCCUUAGUUUAUUUCUUUCAACAAGUGAAAAUUUGUAAGCUUAUCUUUGUCAAUUCUAAUGAAGCUAU